GCUCCUCGUACCGCCGGAGACGCGCGUUGUUGAACCCAUCCGUAACGUUCCCGAUACCCCUCCCCGUUCUCCCGGCUCGCCGAAGGUCACACAGACAACAUGGCCUCCCUUGAGUCUUUCGAAUCCACGCUCAAAGACGUCGUCAAUGCGAAGAGGUUGUCUGCUUCGAAGAUGGCCAAUUUGACGGAGAUCGCGCUGAAAUACAUGAAGAAUGACACGCAGCUAGUCUCCGUUCUGUUCCGCACACAUAAAACGUUGUCGCUGGCGGCCAAAGUCAACAGCCUUUACGUAUUUGACGCGCUAUCUCGCGCUGCCAGGAACCAGGUGAACAAGCAUCGCCUCAUUCCGCCCAGCGACCCAACGCAGGGCAACUGCGCGACGUUCAUCGUGAAAGUCGAAGGUAUUCUCGAUAGUCUCUUUCAGGACCUCGUAUCGACUCGUAACGAGACGCUGAAGGAGAAGUCAAAGAAGGUCCUUGAUAUAUGGGUCAAGAACAACACCUUCCCGUCCGCCGCGCUAGAACGAUUGUCCCAGUAUCUGGAGAGUCCAGCAAAAGAACCCGAAGGCAUUACUGCCUCUAGGCCGGCAGACCCACGCAGCCCACCCGCACCGCCGACUUCCACGACACCGCCGCAGCCUCCCCCUGUUGCCGACACAGGUGCGGUAACAAACCUAAUCAACCUUCUCGCCAAAGCCACCAAUGCAACUUCUGUGCCCACCUCGAGCCAAACACCGACAAAUACAGCCACUCCCGCCUAUGCGUUCACGGCCGCACCGACACUGGCUACAGAUCCUCUGGCUUUAAUCCAGCAGCUGGCGCAGGCAGCGGGAUUGACGAACGGAGUUCCUGCACAGCCCGUACCAUUACCCGUGUCAUUAGUCCCGUCAUCCUCAUCUGCAACAAGUGCUGUUCCUGUAUUGCCUCCUGACAGAGGUCCGCCGCAGCCUCCGCCGUAUCCAAAUGAUCAUUACGGUUCCGGUCGUAGAGAGUCACCCCAUGACACGUAUGCCGGACCAGAUCGUGGCAGAGACCGUGAUGAUUACUACGAUGAGCGCCGUGACCACAGAGGCGACUACAGAGGCGGCCCCAGAGGCGAUUUCCGCGGUCGUGGUCGUGGAAGACGGGUAAACCGUGACAGGUACAGCGACCGGAACCGAGAUCGAGAUGGGGGCCCUCAAUGGAGAGGCAGACCAAGUCGGUCGCGCAGCCCGCCAGGUAGAAACGGCGGGAGGAGAGACAAGCCACCGUACAGCCCGCCGCGGAGGCCACCCCCCUCUCGAUUCGCCGACCAAUCAGCCGCCAGGGCGCCCGGAGCAGGGAAGGACGAGUUCGGACGGGACAUCAGGCCACCAUCGCCGGACAACACGCCAUCGGGAUCCGUUCGCCACAGUAGUGCAGAUACCCACUCUCCCCCUGCGCACAGACCUAUGACAGGCGCCCCCGUAGAUCGACACCGAGCGGGAUCCGACGCUCAUUCGCCGAGACACGACGGACCGUCUUUCCCCCCGCCGCCACGAGCCCCGCCUCCCGCUCCUGCACAGGGAGGACUAGAUACGUUCGACUCGACUACCUUCGAUCCUACGUCGCCCGCAUCUUGGACGGCGCUGGGGAACGCAUGGAACGUCACACAUGGCUACUUGCCCGCUCAGGAAGAACUCAUGGCCUACGUGCUCAGCGGCUUCAGUGCCUUCCCGACCACGGACCAGUUCGUGGAAGGGAGCGGCAGCCAAUGGGCCGGCCAGGGUAACACUUACGGUGGCGACAAUGUGUACCCCGACGCAGGGAGCUGGCAAGGGAAUGGAGGAAUGAACGAGGCAGCUGCAGGCGUACAAGGGAGCGAUAGCUCGUACGGCAACGGCCGAAACGAAGCUUAUAGAGACGAACAAGCGCACGGACAGGGCAUGCCUCACCGCGACAAUACCUUCGGAAUCGCCGGGCCUCAGGCCGCGCAGUCGUCGUUGUCGAUGCCCGGGAGAGGCGACUCGGUCGAGCAAGAGGGCGGCGGCGACGCGGGCUCCGCAGGCGGGAGGAUGCAGAAGGUCGGCGACAGAUGGGUCUUCGUCCGAACAGCGCCGGCGUGA